AUGUUAACUAAAAACACGAGCAGGUUUGUGGAGGAUGAUCUGUUCGCCGUGAUCAUCGACGAGAACGGAAACGAGAGCGAGUCGGAAGAGGAGUUGUCGGACAGUGAAGAGAACCAGAACAACAAGGAUCCGCAGAAUUUGCUGAGAAAGAUGAAGAUGGAAGUGACGACGCAUCCCGGAAAAGGUUGAAUUGCCCAUCGGCAUUGCGUGAAAUGAGGUGUUUGGUUGCAGGAGGGCAGGAAGUUCCGGUCUACAGCAACGACGACGAACAUCCGUUGGACGGUCCCCACACGAUCCUUCAUGCCGUUCAGUGUCCCAAAAAGUUCAUCGCAAUGGUAAACAAAACUUUAAUUCUCUCUUUCCAUGGUAUUUCUGCAGGUGGCUCCGUCGGAAGUGGCCGACACUUCGUGCUUUGUCUGUGAUUCCAACCUGGUCACCAUCCAAAUGAUCGAAGAGGACGCGGAUCACAUUCAUUGGAAGCAGACGAUGUCGACCACUCAUUACUACGCAACGGACAACUGGAAGGACGACUUCUACCGAGUCACUCCCCUUAUGUGUAGAGGAGUUCUUCGCGGAGCUUAUAAAGUGGGAAGGGACAGAAGCGGAAAGAUUCAGAGGGUGGACAUCAUCAGGGUAAGCGCGAGAAUCGACCCGAUCUUCUGAAGACGCCCUUCUUUUUCAGGUGUACCGGGUGACUCGUCACUUCAGUUGCUGGAAGUCGGUUCCCGUUUUUCACAGAGUCAUUUCUCUCGUCGAAGCAGCUUUGCCUUAUAAACAGAUGACGACAAAGCAGAAACAACUUCUGAAGGCGAAUGGGAAUAAACUGAUCAAUCGGCUCUUCUUACAGUACUAUUGGAGGUGUCAACAAAGUGUACGAAGACCGUAAAACGUGGUCUAUUUCAUAUAAAGACUAAUUUCAGUUUGUGAAACGUGAACAAGUUUUGAGCGAAUAUGCCGAAUCGUCAAAACGAACACGUGCCAAGAAGUCGUGGAUUCGCGUCGUCAAAAACGUCGCACGACUUCGAGCAGCCACAAGUAUUCUGGCUGCUGCUCAAAAAAACAAUACAUUGUGA